AUGACGGUGUACGACCAGGAGCACUUCCAGGGCAAGCGCGCGGAGUUCACGGCCGGCUGCCAGAACAUCGCCGAGUGCGGCCUGGACAACAUCCGCUCCCUCAAGGUGGAGCGCGGCGCCUGGGCGGCCUUCGAGCACUCGAGCUUCUGCGGCCAGCAGUUUGUCCUGGAGAAAGGCGACUACCCUCGCUUCGAGGCCUACGGCGGCAGCAACGCUUACCGCGUCGAGAGGAUGAGCUCCUUCAGGCCCGUCGGCUGCGCCAACCACAAGGAAGCCCGCAUGACCAUCUACGAGAGGGAGAACAUGAGCGGCGGCCACUUUGAGCUCUCCGACGACUACCCCUCCCUGCAGGCCAUGGGCUGGUCCGGCAACCGGGUCGGAUCCAUGCGCGUCCAGAGCGGAGCGUUCGUGUGCUAUCAGUAUCCGGGCUACCGAGGUCAGCAGUACAUCGUGGAUUUCAACUGCCGCGGUGGCGAGUACAAGUCCUUCCGGGAGUUUGGCUCUCACGCCCAGACCCCCCAGAUCCAGUCCAUCAGGAGGAUCCAGCACUGAGCUCAUCCUCCUCCUCCUCCUCCAUCUCGCCGCCUCGGGAUCCCGGGGUGGACUUUGGGUCAUCGGCCGCGGUGCGCAGCAGUUUUGUAUUUUGAUGAUGAAAAAGCCACGUGAACGAGGUUCCGACGAUUUCUCAUCACUUUCUCCUCUGUCCUAUUUCAGUACAAAUAAAAACAAGCAAACCCAAC